GAAGCCAUUUUGGACACAGAUCAGUAACAUGCAUGUAAACCCCGACCGACCUCCCGAUGCAGCGGUGCUACUAUUCAAGUGAAUAACCUCAAAAAGAGCGCUGAGCUUUCGUCUUGGGUGGUUUAACGUCUUCCCAUUCGGCUUUUGGAUCCACUUCCAAUGCGAAAUACUGCACAUGUUAAUGGACUAACAGUCUGGCAGUCAGUUAAUCGCUCCUAUCUUUUCUUGCAACAUUGUUGCAGCGUCGCGGCUAUUGACACGCGUUGUGGUGGUGGUUAGGCUGCUGGAGGGACCGGAGGCCUGUGGUCGUUUUGAUCCUGGACUGAUGUUUUGGACAACCUGAGUUUUAAUGUUCGCGUCGGGAAGCGGGGGAAAUCUCUGUCCUGUAUUUAAAACGGAACAUGUCUUUUUCAUGGCUGACUUGUUCACUUCUUCUGGGAACUUUAUGCGCAGGGUACAGUCUGGGCGAAGCAGAGACCCGGGAGUGCGUGUACUACAAUGAUAACUGGCGUACGGAGAGGACCAACCAGAGCGGCUUUGAGCGCUGCGAGGGGGAGAAGGACAAGCGACUGCACUGUUAUGCCUCCUGGCUCAACUCCUCAGGGACCAUCAAGCUGGUGAAGAAAGGCUGCUGGCUGGACGACUUCAACUGCUACGACAGGCAAGAGUGUGUCUCCAUGGAGGAAAACCCUCAGGUCUUCUUCUGCUGCUGCGAGGGCAACUACUGCAAUGAACGAUUCACCCACCUUCCUGACAUGAUUGGCAGUGGCAACCGAGUAAAAAUCCGGCCUCCACCCCGAGUGCCGUCCCUGCUCAACGUGCUUGUGUACUCCCUGCUGCCUCUCUGUGUGCUGUCCCUGGCCCUCGUUCUGGCCUUGUGGAUGUACCGCCACCGCAAACCUCCCUACGGCCAUGUAGACCUGAGCGAGGAUCCUGGACCGGCUCCUCCAUCCCCCUUGGUGGGUCUGAAACCACUGCAGCUGCUGGAAAUCAAAGCUAGGGGGCGCUUUGGUUGUGUUUGGAAAGCCCAGUUGAUGAGCGAAUAUGUUGCUGUAAAGGUCUUCCCUGUUCAGGACAAGCAGUCAUGGCAAAACGAGCGGGACAUAUUCCUGACUCCAGGGAUGCGGCAUGAAAACCUCUUACGUUACAUCGCUGCAGAGAAGCACGGCACCAACCUGGAGACGGAGCUGUGGCUUAUCACAGAGUUUCAUGAGAGGGGCUCAUUGACAGACCACCUGAAGGGUAACACUGUGACCUGGAGUGAGCUGUGUCAUAUAGCAGAGACCAUGUCCCGCGGCUUGGCUUACCUCCAUGAGGACAUUCCCAGCUACAAGGGAGAGGGGCCCAAACCCACCAUUGCACACAGGGACUUCAAGAGUAAGAAUGUGAUGGUACGAGAUGAUCUGACUGCAAUCAUUGGAGACUUUGGGCUCGCUGUACGAUUUGAACCAGGAAAACCUCCAGGUGACACGCAUGGCCAGGUGGGUACGAGGCGAUACAUGGCUCCAGAGGUGCUGGAGGGAGCCAUCAACUUCCAGCGAGACUCCUUCCUGAGAAUAGACAUGUAUGCUAUGGGCUUGGUGCUGUGGGAGCUGGUGUCCCGCUGCACAGAGACAGACGGUACAGUUGGCGAGUACAUGCUGCCGUUUGAGGAUGAAAUAGGCCAGCAUCCCUCCCUGGAGGAUCUGCAGGAUGUGGUCGUGCACAAGAAGAUGCGUCCAGCCAUCAAGGACUGCUGGCUCAAACAUCCUGGUCUGAGCCAGAUGUGCGAGACCAUCGAAGAAUGCUGGGACCACGACGCAGAGGCGCGAUUGUCCGCCGGUUGCGUCGAGGAGCGCAUCGGCCAGAUCGCCAGAACGAUUAGCAGCACUACCUCAGACAUCCCCGUCUGCAUUGUGACGUCUCUCACCAACGAGGACCUACCUCCCAAAGAGUCCAGCACCUGAACGGGUGACCCCCAUCCUCCACCCGAGCUCCUGACUUUUUAUUUUUCGAAUCCAAACUCAGCGGAUCUCCGUGAAUAUUUAAAAUCACAAAAACAACAACUAGCAACUUAAAUGCAGCUGCUAUUUAAUCCCAAUACUGGUAUUUUCUUUCCGUUUGUUUUUGGUGUUUGAAGUCGGAUCUUACUAACGCAUCCAUCUGCUGUAGUUUUUGAAGUAGUAAUAAGUUAUGCGAUGGGCACAUCUGAUAAUACCCAUGUGUCAAAUCUUAAAUGUCGUCAUUACCUCAUGUAUUUCUUUUGUUAGUCUAUUUUUAUUACCUCAUAAGUUGUCGUUUUUCCUGUCUUGGUCAUGAUUGUCUGUGGCCAAAUGAAAUGAACUUUUGCUCCAAACCUCGGACAACGUGCUGCACACCUCGGAGGAACCGUUUUGAGACUGUUAGACAAAAUAUAUUCAUCUUCCUCAGGGGUCGAAGCUUCUCGAUUUUUAAACUCGAGUGUGCUCCCUUAUUUUAAACCUGUGAAUGCCUCAGAAUUAAAAAAGAAAAAAAAAAUGAUUAAAAAAACUCAGAGCACCGCUGUUUUAUCGCAUGGGAGGAGCUAAAAUGGGAGCUGAGCAGUUGUAUUGGACAUUGUGGACUUUUUGAAGAUUUGGGACAAGCGUCUUGUCCCAGGGGAACUACCUCUCAGGUAUCCAGUACGCUUCUUUGGAACAUUUUCUCUAAGUUUAGAGCCAAGCUAUCCAGCUAGCUAUCGUGGACAUAUUCCUGGAUUUUAUUUUGUUUUUUAAUUGUAGAAAUUCAGAGUUACUCCUUUGCCAGUGCCAGGAGUAGGUGUCUGGAGUUGCAAUGUUACACUGUGUGUGUGUGUGUGUGUGUGUGUGUGUGUGUGUGUGUGUGUGUGUGUGUGUGUGUGUGUGUGUGUGUGUGUGUGUGUGUGUGUGUGUGUGUGUGUGUGUGUGUGUGUGUGUGUGUGUGUGUGUGUGUGUGAGACUUUGAAGAUUAAAUGAUGUGAGAAGGAUAGUGUGGUUUUAAAGUAAGAACCAUGGACAGAUAGUUGGGGUUUAUCCUUGCGAGGGCCAUACUUGAGUAAGCAACAUGUCUGUUUUUAAUUUGCAUGGGUGUUUGUUCAAUAGACUCAGUCGGACACCAGUCCCCAGAUACCUCAGUCACUAUACAUCAUGCAAGGAGAGCUCAAAUGGUUGCCUUUGUCUCAAAUGCAAUGCCAUAGUUGUACCAUAACAUGAAUACCAUACAUUGAAUGUCCGUUAUGCUGCUGUGACUAUUCCAGGACACUCAAGGAUUUGUAGAUGUACAUUGUACAUGUAUUCUUUGUUAAUAUAACGCUAAUGAUAUUAUGUGAGGCUUAUAUAUAUAUAUAUUUUUCUUUUGUGUUUUUUUUUUUUUUGACUGGGUAAGCCCGCAGCUGCUUACUCCUCCAGACUGACCUCAGAUAUUCUGACAAGUACCUCAGGCUUUUUCUACAUGUAUAUCAAGUUGUGUUAUGUAUUUUAUUGUGUUUUAGUAGUUGAGAUAUUUUAUUGCCGGUUGGGCCUCUUUGUCUGUGGAGAUUUCUUUUUAAAUAGAGCCUGACUAGUUGUCAUGGUGUUAAUCCUGUAUGGUGUUAAUGCUGUACAAACCUAAAAGAAGAGAGGCCGAUUCUUGUAAAUAGACCUGUACACACAGUUGCCGAAUACUGAUCUGUUUUAAAAGAAAAAUGUAUACAAAAUCAGGGCA